AUGGAACUUGAUCCAACUGCCGCUCAAUCACACGAGAAGACAUAUGCCGAGAGGCUGAAGGGAAACAAAGUGUUGAUCCACACGAGUCCCAUGAUAACUGGCGAGAUUAUUGAGCCAGGUGAUGGUAAAACAGGCGACGCCGAAAAAAAAGAAGUUAUCUCUCUAUGUCACAAGGUUUGGACAGUUGACUGCCAGACACAUGGGCAGUGGAAGGCUUCUCAGAAAGAAUCUCUCAGCGAGACUUCGGGGGACAACAGUCAGGCUGCAAUUGAAUCUGAUGUACAGAACGGUAGUCAGGAAGGAACGACGGAAAAUACUUCAGUUGACGACCAAAGUAUCAGUGGCAGUCAAGCCCAGGAAUCCACGGAUAACGAUGAUACCCCAUCGACCACCACUGUUGCCAGUUCCGAUGCUGGCCAUGAUGUCUCUCAAGUCCAAGCAACUAUUCAGUCUUCAACUCCUACUGUCAAUUUAACACAUUCGACCGACUCUUCGGAUACGAAUGGUACAAUGAGGCACGACGACUUGGAUGGCAUGAAGGAAGAUUGA